AUGGUAAAGGAUUGCAGAGACUAUGCUCGAAGGUGUCAAGCUUGUCAAUAUCAUGCAAACUUUAUCCAUCAGCCACCAAAACCUCUAUACCCAACAGUUGCAUCUUGGCCAUUUGAUGCAUGGGGACUUGAUGUAGUUGGCCUAAUUACACCAAGUCAUCUGCAAGAUAACGGGAAGCCCUUUGACAACAAGUUGAUGGACAAGAUCUGCAAGCUUUUUGACUUUAAGCAGCGAAACUCAUCAGCUUACUAUGCAGCUGCGAAUGGGCUUGUUGAAGCUUUUAACAAGACCCUAUGCAAUUUGCUGAAGAAAGUUGUGUAA